GACGCUCGCACCCAACAAUACCAUUAAGCGCUCAACGAAGAAACGUGUUAUUUCUCGGCAAAGUCAAUAUCGAAAUAUCAACGAUAACUACCUGCCAACAAUUUGACAAGAAUGAAUGAACAGUCGAGACUAGUACUUGAUAUAAUCCCCUUUAAACGAUUGUAAAAAUCUGAGAAAGAGAGAGAUUGUGCCGCAUUAAAUAGUAAUAAAGUGCUAUUUUCCUCUUCACUCGCAACAUGUUUAAAACCAUUUGGCAUUUGUUUCUACGAGAAAGGUGUAGUGUAACGUAGCUGCUGUGCCGUGCUGUGCUGUUUUUUUUUAUCUCUGAUUGAUAUUUGUCCUUUCUAAUAAUUCUAAUAUUCAAGGAGCUAAAUGAAAAUAUGUAGAACAGUAAUAUUUAUUAUUCCAUUUUGCUGAUAGAAAAUAAUUUCAGUGAAUCGAUGUUGAAACAUGUGUGAUAUUGAAAUGUGAGGAAGAAGACCAAAAGCUCGUUUCUGUAUUUGAUCGAUUACGUAUGGAAAGGACAACGGAAUAGAAAUAGAUCGAAUCUUUUCUUCAAAUACAAUACAGCUAAAUUAGAAAAUCGAUCGAAAAAUUUGAAGAUGGAGUUGAAACGGAUAGAGAAAAGACAAAAAGCUCCGUACAAUGGGGAUCUUUGUCGAGCGAUCUUUCCGAUAUAUUACCUUGGUAAAUUGUGUGGUGUGGUUCCAGUAAGAUUUUACGUGCACGCUUCUGAAGGAUGUCAGGCUCGUUUAAAUAUCAUAGACCUCGUCUAUAGUUUGUGCGCACUGAUACUACUGCUCGGCGCGGAAAUUUGGGGCCUAUGGCGAGAUCUGAAAGACGGCUGGGAGCACAGUACCAGACUGAAAUCUCGGACAGCGAUGAUCGCGACAUGGAGCGAUGUGCUUGGAGUAAUGAGCUUAACGGUCGUUUGUAUCGUUGGCUCCCCUUUCCGAUGGAAAUCCCUGCAACUUGUGAUAAACAAAUUAAUCGAGGUAGAUAGAAAAAUCGGUGUAUCGUCUGCAAAGAAAGCUCGAAGGUUCACGAUUUGUUUAACGAUAUAUAGCCUCGUCCUUCUCUGGUUCAAUUCGUGUUUAGACUUUUAUUCAUGGAGUCGCAAAACAAAAAACGAAACACUUACUGACAAAGGCCCUAUUAACUAUGCACCUCUAUACGUAAUGUACACCGUGAUCAUUUCGACAGGAAUCCAGUAUAGCGUGGCAACGUAUAAUAUAGGACAAAGAUUCGUUCGCUUGAACAGUAGCCUGAAAAGUAUGUUGGAUACAAAUAACAGUAACAACGACGAUGCGAUCGGUUAUUUUCGAAAAUUUUCCGAAAGAGCUAACGACAUUGGAGACAAGAAAGGAUGGAACAUUACACCAAAACGGCAACUCGUAUUAGGCAGCUAUAGAUUGUCACGGAAGAUGGAUGAAAGCAAAACCUACGUAAGCAGUAUAUCUGAAUUGAUAAUGGUUCAUUCUUUACUUUGCGACACAGUAUCCCUCAUAAAUGCUGCUUUCGGUGUCGUACUACUAGCCGUCACUAUAUCCUGUCUAUUACAUCUAGUCAUCACACCGUAUUUCUUGAUCGUGCAAGCUAAUGAAAAACACGAAUGGAUAUUUCUAGUCGUACAAGUUGGAUGGUGUAUCUUUCACAUAAGCAGAAUGCUGAUAAUCGUUCAACCUAGCUAUUCCACAGUUGCGGAGGGAAAAAAAACGGCAGCUCUCGUUAGUCAGUUACUUUCUUGUUGUUUUGAAGCAGACGCCCGACGAGAAUUGGAAAUAUUUUCGCUUCAAUUGUUGCAUCGACCUUUGGAGUUCUCAGCAUGCGGACUCUUUUCCUUGGACAGAAACUUAAUAACGUCGAUCGCGGGAGUUAUAACAACGUAUCUCGUUAUCCUGGUACAAUACUGAGCAAGAGAGGAAGAGUGAUAGAGAGACAAUCGCAUAUUACGAUAAUGACAUUUAAUAUACCAAUUCUCGUAAACAGCGGUAAUAUACAAAUACAAGUUACUCGUAUCGUAAUCCAACUACUAAUAAUAACGAGUUGUUCCAUCGAUCGAACGAUCGACGUUUAAUUAAGAGCGCACCUCGUACGGUGUCUAGAACUAGACGUCAGUCACAGCCUAUCCAAAAUAUUCCUCGGCCUCGUCUUGCUGUAUCUCUGAGAAGGGAAUAAGAUCGCCUAAAAACGGGAAACUUGAAUAGUCUCGUUUGAAGAAGCCAGGUAUCUCCUCGUUGAAUCAACUUAUACGCCUAUGUAUACAUACGAUUGUAUAAGACAAAUACAACCUAUCGUAUACUGA